CAUCCUUGUGAUACUGAGAUUAUAUUCAACACACGCAGCAAUCUCAUUUAGAAGAAAAAAAUGGAAUACCAGUACAAAACGCUUAUUUGGUCAGCGUUUUAAGAGGUCCAUCCAAUGAGAGCCAAGGUGUUGUGGAUCCUUCUCUUGUGAUAACUACUAUCUCCCUCUCACUGGGUUUAUCAGUUCAGUUCCACCAUGGACGACACAGACACCCGGGACCACCUGUCCCUUAAGAAGGGGGCUAAAAAUAUGGUGAGGGAGGCCAAACAUCAUGCUGCCAAAAAGGUCAACUCAGUAGUUGACCGAGCAUCAGAUGAGUACUCACACAACCGGUCCUAUCAGCGCUUCCAAGACGAAGAUGACGGUGAAUACUAUGACCCGCCUCAGGGCCACUACACAGGCCAUCAGUCCAAUGAUGAAGAAGGUUCCAGUGAUGCCACCGAAGGCCACGAUGAUGAAGAUGAGAUCUAUGAGGGUGAAUACCAAGGAAUUCCCUCUGAAUCUGGGCACAGGGACGGACAUGUGGCUUUGGGGCAGUCUGUAGCAGAUGGCCUCAAGGACCGCAGGGAACUUGAAAGUGAGAGGCAAGCGGAUGAGGAGGAGCUGGCGCAACAGUAUGAGCUGAUCAUCCAGGAGUGUGGCCACGGCAGGUUCCAGUGGCAGCUGUACUUCACACUUGGGUUAGCACUCAUGUCUGAUGGUGUGGAGGUUUUUGUGGUGGGCUUUGUGCUGCCCAGUGCUGAAACAGAUAUGUGCAUGCCUGACUCAAGCGCUGGAUGGCUAGGUAGUAUUGUAUACCUGGGGAUGAUGGUGGGGGCUUUCUUCUGGGGGGGCAUGGCAGAUAAAGUGGGUCGGCGACAGUGUCUGCUUAUCUGCAUGUCCAUAAACGGCUUCUUUGCCUUCCUGUCGUCCUUUGUACAAGGCUAUGGCCUUUUCCUGCUCUGUCGCAUAAUAGCGGGCUUUGGGAUUGGUGGAACUGUACCUAUUGUGUUUUCUUACUAUGCGGAAGUCUUAGCAAGAGAGAAACGUGGCGAGCAUCUAAGCUGGCUCUGCAUGUUUUGGAUGAUUGGGGAGAUCUAUGCUUCUGCCAUGGCCUGGGCUAUCAUACCUCAUUAUGGUUGGAGCUUCAGCAUGGGUUCGGCAUAUCAGUUCCACAGCUGGAGGGUAUUUGUAGUGGUGUGUGCUCUGCCAUGUGUCUGCUCUGUGGUAGCUCUCACAUUCAUGCCAGAAAGUCCAAGAUUCUAUCUAGAGGUGGGGAAACACGACGAGGCCUGGAUGAUCCUCAAGCAGAUCCAUGACACCAACAUGAGAGCACGUGGACAACCGGAAAAAGUCUUCACUGUAAAUAGAAUUAAAACCCCAAAGCAGAUUGAUGAGUUUGUGGAGAUGCAUCCAGAAACCAAUAACCUUGUGUCCAAAGUUAUUUUCCGAGUGAAGACGGAACUUUCUGGGAUCUGGUUGAACUUCAUGAAGUGUUUCAAUUAUCCAGUGAAAGAUAAUACAAUAAAGCUGGCCAUUGUGUGGUUUACAUUGUCAUUCGGGUACUACGGCUUGUCUGUGUGGUUUCCUGACGUGAUCAAGCACCUUCAGGCUGAUGAGUAUGCUUCUAAAGUGCAGCGACACACUAAUGAGCAAACCGAGGGCUUUACAUUCAACUUCACACUAGAGAACCAGAUACACACAAAUGGCGCGUUCAUCAAUGACAGGUUCACAAAUAUGAAAUUCAAGUCAGUGACUUUCAUCAACACCACGUUUCAAAGCUGCCAUUUUGAAGAUGUGACGUCUGUAGGAUCAUUCUUCCGAAACUGCACUAUUAUUGAUUCUUUCUUCUAUAACACAGAUAUUGACGAAUCCAAACUGAUAAACACAGAAGUCAAAAACAGCACUUUUCUUCACAACAAAACGGGAUGUCAGAUGACGUUUGAUCAUGACUACAGUGCCUACUGGGUCUACUUUGUCAACUUCCUGGGGACGCUGGCUGUGCUACCGGGAAACAUUGUGUCUGCACUUCUCAUGGAUAAAACAGGGCGCUUAUCUAUGCUGGGAUUCUCCAUGAUCCUUUCUGGGAUCAGCUGCUUCUUUCUGUGGUUUGGCAACAGUGAGGCUAUGAUGAUUGGAAUGCUGUGCCUUUACAACGGCCUCAGUAUCUCUGCCUGGAACUCACUGGAUGUGGUCACGGUAGAGCUAUAUCCUACUGAUAGGAGAGGGACUGGCUUUGGCUUCUGUAACGCCUUGUGUAAGCUGGCAGCAGUGCUGGGGAACCUAAUCUUUGGCUCUCUGGUCAGUAUUACUAAAGUCAUCCCAAUCCUCCUGGCAUCGUCUGUGCUGGUGUGUGGUGGCCUGGUGGGACUCCGACUGCCGGACACAAGGGCCAAUGUCCUGAUGUAGGAAGUCAACAGCUUCACUCAUGUCUGGCGUUCAUGGCGCAUGUGUCUCCCAUUCAUUUUCACAUUGUUUAAGGCAUUCUUUUUGAAAAGUUGAAAAGCUAAAUUCUUUUUUAAAUGUUUUGAAAAGCUAAAAAUCAUGAACUGGAAGAAGUGAAAAAGACUGAGGAAUGUGACAAAUGUGAUUACUGACUGGAUUAGUGGAAUUUGCAGAAGAAAAUGUUUAAGCUUAAGAAAAAGUGAGCGAUAAUGUGAGUCAUAUUAUAUUUCAGGGCAUCUCAUUUAUGAUGCAGAGCAUUGCAGCACACAGCUGUAUCAGGUAACUAGGCAGAAAUGUAAAACUACAAGAUUAUAAUGAGUAAUACAUCUACAUCUAGAGAACAGAAGGGUUGUGAAUCAAUUUCCACUGUGAAUUAUCUGGGUAAAAACUUACAGAUUGCUUUAUUGUCCCUGUAUUUAAAAGUAGGCUGAAAGUCUAAAUACGAUAUGGUGAUGUACGAUGCUGAAAGGUGGUCAUAAUAGAGGUGUAAAUGUGAUUGACUCGACUAAUUAAGAUUUCAUUUCUGAAUAAGAUGCAUAAAAAACUUAAUUUGUAUCCUUAAGAGAGUCCAUAAGUGAACAGGACUGGGAAAGACUGAGAAAGAUACAAAGAUAUAUCACAGCUAUCACACAUAUCAUAGGAGCUCAGAGUUAUUUUUUUUGU